GUUUUGAUUAAAUUGAUCAUUGCCUGAAGACAUCGUGGUCUCCAACUAUAGAACAAAGUUUGAGGAGAUGGAGUCAAACCAAAGUAAAGAUGGCGGCAGGUGCACGUGCACCAAAGCAUUGGUCCGUCUGAACGAGCUGAGAGAGAGGAACUUCUUGUGUGACGCGGUGUUGAGGUUGGAGGACGGCGGCGUCUUUCGAGUCCACAGCGUGAUUCUGUCGAUGCAUAGCGAAUAUUUCAGGACCCUCUUCACGACAACACUGCACCCCAGUGAGGAGACUGAUGUUCUCCUCCACGGAGUCAGCUCAGACAUGAUGACCCAGAUACUGAAUUUUGUUUAUUUUCGUGAGGUUGACAUCCACUCCGACAACGCGCGUCAGCUGCUCCUGACGGCUGACUACUUGUAUAUACCAGGCUUUACUGACCUCUGCUGCGACUUCCUCAUGGACGCGAUGGGCGCCGACAACUGUAUCGGCAUCAUGAAUUUCGCAAGGUAAUUGAUGUUCAUUUGUCAUUUGU